UCAAACGAGAUCAAAAAGAAAAAGAACGUCUUGCAAAAGAUAUUCGCGAGACGCAGAAUAAACUACAAAAGAAGCAAAAUGAACAAGCAAAAUUACUCGAAAAACAAAUUCGAAUACAACAAAGGCCACGUAAUAAAUCCAGGGUGGAAUCCUUUAUCAAACAUGCUGUACGUCCAUUUUCGAUGGUUUUAGCAAAUACAUGGCAAUCCUCUGGCAAUACAAGUUCAUCUUUAAAAGCUCAAAAUAAUCCUAAACCUACGCUUGUUAUAAAUCUUAUUAACUCCGCGACAUCUGUUGACUAUGAUGCCAUGUUUGAUUUUGUUUUCCGUGUUGAAAGUGAGGAAGGAGGGCAAUAUUUGUUCCAAGCUCUUGACUAUGAUAAUAUGAAUGAAUGGAUACGAGUUAUAAACGAUGCAGCCAAAGAGGGAGCAGAAAAACGGCGAACAAUCUUUCAAUCUGAACAAGCCAUAGAGCCCAAAGAAGAAGUAGUUCCAGAAGAAACUAAGACGCGAAGCUCUGUAUACGGUAAAGAACUUUUUACUCUAAUGGCGGACGGAAAAGUUCCACUUCUGGUUGAAAAAAGUAUAGCAGAAAUAGAAAAGAGAGGUCUUGAAGAAGUUGGCAUAUAUCGUGUUCCUGGAAUAGCCGGUUCUGUAAAUAAACUCAGAGCUGCAUUUAAUACAAAUGCCGAAGCCGUAAACCUGAAUGAUGAAGAAUACAGAGAUAUAAAUGUUAUUGCCGGUGCUCUUAAACUCUUUUUCCGUUCUCUUCCUGAACCUUUAACAACAUUUGAAUUAUAUGAAGAUUUUAUACAAGCUGCCA